AUGGCAUCGAUUCAGGAAUUGGAUCAGAUUGGAAAUUACAACUACACACUUGACCCGCCACCCUUCCACACGGCCAUCGUCACCGCACUGUUUGAGUCAUCGACAAUCCAAAGAACUGUACCAUUUGCCGGCCACUCAUACACCUAUCCCGCCAACUCACUAAAGUUGACCGUCUACAUCAAUGGCUGGCAGUUCAAAUCCAACCUCAACACGCUGAGGGCAGUUUUUGCGACACAGUUUGGCAAUGAUCGUCAUGCCGUCCCAACCCCAACUCCAUGUUCCGGCGGGGCCUCGCAUAGUGGAGACAAUACCGACCCAUCAUUCAUCGGAUUGGACGGUGAUAACUUGCAGUUUGUCAAGUUGAUCAAGGAUAAUGUGACGUUCUUUGGUCGAUUCCUACCUUACGUGAUGGCCAAUGAUCGUGCUGCCACGUCAAGGAAUGAGUUGAUCAAUCAGACCAAUCUGGAUGCAUUCAUCGGUAUCAACAUGCCACAAUGUGACAAGUGUUUGAUUGAUCCAGACUUUAGUGUGUUGAUCAAUCCAAAGAAUGGCGACGGCAGUGACUCUGCCGACUGCAAUCACAGCCCACCAUCAUCCAACCAGUUUGCCAAAUGGAAGAUCGCGACAAUAGCCGUCAUCCUUGGUGUCGUGGCCCUGGCCGUCGUCGUUGGAGCAGCAAUCUUCAUCAAGCAUCGAGCAAAGUCCAACGCCCAGCGCGCUACAAUGUCCAUGCGCAUCCAAGAAUUGUCCAAAGACCAACUAUAA